CACUUCAGAGAAAAGGACACACACGUUUAACUUGGGCUUCAGGAAACUGAACGAGAGGUAGAAAUGUGGCGGGAGUUUAAAGAUACUGAAAGAUAUUGAGAACCUGUUGGAAGCAGACUGAGGGAGAAAGAGAGAAACACCCGAUUCAGCAUGGCAGCCAACGCUAUUUUGAUAAGUAAUAAGACACCCAUUGUGGAAACUUUGUGUGCAGACUACACGCUAAUCCUCAACAAAGCUGUUCAGAACGAGUUGAUAACUCAACGUGAGUACAAAAAUCUGAAAAGCAUCAACAAACUAAAUGCAGAGGGCCACGUUGUGGAGUUGUUGGAUACGAUCAUGGACAAAGGAGAGAAGACCUGCUUAGCCUUCCUGAACCUCCUGCAAACCGAUGAGGAGAUCCAGAAGACUUACCCUGAGCUGAAUAACAUACUGAAGAAGGAAAACUGUCCCUUACCAUACCCGGUUCAGGCUUGUUCAGUUGACAACACCGCUGCGAGACCCUCAGCUGGAGGGACAGCUCAAUACACCAUGGUAGACGGUAAGCACUUUGUGGAUAAACAUAGAAUCAAGCUGACCGACAGAGUGAACUCCGUUGGAAACAUUUUGGAUCAGCUCCUUGAGGAAGAAGUCAUCCAACAAGCGAUUUAUGAUACAAUCAGGAAAAUCCCAACCAAACAGGAGCAGAUGAGAGAACUCUUCAGUGGUCCCCUGAAUGCAGCAGGGCUUUGUGGCAAAGAAGUCUUCUACAGAAUCCUUGAGAAAGAGGAGAAAUAUCUCAUUGAGGAGCUAAAGGGAAAGAAGUGAAUGUUGUGGAGAAAUCAUUUUUUAGACUAAAAAGAAAAAAGCGUCUUAAACGAUUCCAAUGGGGAAAUAGUAAUGUAAAUGUCUCUGUAGGGGCAUAUUCCUAAACUCUAAGGGACUGAUGACUUAACAAAACCAGGUAUUUAACUAAUCCAUGUUUAAUAAUCGUCCAGAAUUUGGUCAUUUUCGCUUUGAUGAUGAGGGUUAUAAUGUGUACAUACAGUUUAAAAAAGUGAAUUUGUGGAACAUUCAACUGUUUUCCUUGUCACAUUAAAGUUUUUAAUGACAUCAUAGUCAUUGUUGAUAAUG